AUGCUUCGCAAGCGGGGAUGUUACUAUCGUACAAAUGUGACGUCCCGUUGUGUCUCUGUCUGCGCCACACUCCCGCCAGGCCGUGUCUUCGCCGUCCUUCUCGCGCUAUGGCUGCUCUCGGGCGUGGCGUUCGCGGCGUGGCUCUGCUACUCGACGCACGCGACGUACCUCGGCGAUCGCUACCGCCGCCUCGACACGUGGUGCUACGAGCGCGCCAAGCUCUUCGAGCAACACACGCUCACCACCGUCAGCCAGAUUCGGACUCUGGCGGGGCUGGCGUCGGUGAUGGGCAAGCCCAGGGGCCACGGCAACUGGACGUGGGACAGGUGCCUCACGGAGCAGCGCUGGAUUGCCUAUGUCAACAACACCCGAUAUUCCCGACCGGGUGACACCGGCGCCAUGGUCUACCUCUUCGUCACAGAUGCAGAGAGCUCAAAGCCGCCAAAUCUCCCGGUCUCCUUCCGUGUGCUUGCCGCCCGGGACACUCCUUCCCUCUGCUGUGUCGUGCGCAGGCGUGCCUUUGAGCGGCAGUACGACAGCCCCAUUCUGGACUUCACCUUGAUGCGGCGCCAGCAGCAGCCUCUGUACUGCCCCAGGCUGCUCGAGCUUCACUCGUACUGGAAGAUCUACCCGCUGGUAGACCUCAUGCAGCGUGGCGGUGACGAGCUCGCCUUUCUGCGCAGGACGGGGGACAUCAUCUUCACCCGUGUCAUGCCCAUCGGAAACCUCUCCCUCAACCUCACCGGCUUCACCAUCAGAGUGCCCAUCUUGAAGCAUGUGCUGCCACCGGUUCCUUCGGAGCAGCAGGCGGAGGAGGCGGUGCUGGGAGCAGCUGGGGCGAAUGUGGACCUCGUGAUGAUUGCCCGCCACGUGCUGCAAAACGUCUUCUCGCCAGGUGCUGUGCUGCAAUUCACGCCAGACCCCAGCAUCACAUUCGAGGUGUAUGACAUCACAGACCCCAAGGGCCCGGCAAUGAUCUAUGGCCCGGGCCCAUGCCUUCUGUUCUACCGCAAUCGCGACCUCCUACCCAUGACCGACAUCUCGCCGGCCUACGUCACGCGCCCGUGGGAGGAGCGUUCUAUCGUGCCGCUCGACCUGCUUGGUGGUCGCCUGCGGCGCUACCAAGUGUGGUGCCGCUAUGUGGAGGCACCAAGCACGUGGGUCUCGUGGGGGAUACCUUUCCUGUGGGCGUCUCUUGCUCUCAUGGUGACGGCGCUAGUGGCGGGGGUGGCGUGGCAGCAGCGGGUGGGGUACGUGCGCAGCGAGGAGAGCAUGGCGGCGGCGGACCAGUUGAGAGCGAAGGCGAGGGCAGCGGAGCGCUCGAAGAGCUCGUUUGUGGCGUCCAUGUCGCACGAGCUGCGCACGCCCAUGCUCGGCAUCGUGGGGCUGCUCGAUGCUCUCGAGGACCGCCGCCUCUCUGCCGCCCAGCUACAGGACGUGCGGGCGGCGCGCGCUGCCGCGUACGACACGGUGCGCCUCGUCAACCGCGUGCUCGACCUCUCCAAGCUCGAGGCGCGCCGCAUGGCGCUCUGCUGCUCGCCCUUUGAGCCGCGCGCGUGGCUCGAGGAGGUCGUGCUAGGCUACUGUGGGCUGGCGCGGGAGAAGGGCAUCGAGGGCUGA